AGAAAUGUGUGGUUGUCACAUAUGGAUGAACACAUGAGCAGUAGUUUAGACUUUCAUUUCCCGUAUGAUAUACAUCCUGCUUCCUGUAUUCUCUUUGUCACAACCUACAACAGAUUGUACACAAUCAUCAUGGCGACCCAGGAUGGAAGUGAAGAGGUCAUAAUGGAAACUGAGGUAAAUCCAAAAGAAGUCGAACCACUUGGUGACGAAGUCGAGAGGGAAACUACGUCUAACACAGAAGCAGGAAACGCCACAACUCAGGACUCUAGUAUUAGCAAUGGGGAUGAUGCAGAUGACAAGCAGGAAACGGUGGACUUGAAGAUUAUCUGGAACAAAAAUAAAUACGAUCUGAAAAUCCCUGUUGAUAGCACCGGCGCCAAACUAAAAGAGAGAAUCCACUCACUCACUGGUCUUCCACCAGCAAUGCAGAAAGUGAUGUACAAAGGACUGCUUUCAGAGGACAAAACGCUACGUGAAAUAAAGAUUACAAGUGGUGCAAAAAUAAUGGUGGUAGGAUCAACAAUUAAUGAUGUAUUAGCUGUUAACACGCCAAAAGAGGUCAUUCAGCAGGAAGUUAAAGCUGAAGAAAACAAGAAGGAACCUUUAUGCAGACAAAAGCAACACAGGAAAGUAUUGGACAAAGGUAAACCAGAAGACAUCAUGCCAGGUAUUAAAGGAACAAAGGAACGAUUACCAACAGUGCCUUUAUCCGGAAUGUUUAACAAGUCCGGAGGAAAAGUUAGACUCACAUUCAAACUGGAGCAGGAUCAGUUGUGGAUUGGAACAAAAGAGAGAACAGAGAAAGUCCCAAUGGGCUCCAUUAAAAACGUACUGUCUGAACCCAUUGAAGGCCAUGAGGACUAUCACAUGAUGGCUUUUCAGUUGGGUCCAACGGAAGCUUCUCAGUAUUGGGUCUAUUGGGUGCCUGCACAGUUUGUUGAUGCAAUCAAAGACACAGUCCUUGGAAAAUGGCAGUAUUUCUAAUGUGCCUCUUUUUUUUGACAAUGAUGAACUGGGAUUGAGAGGAUGAACCAAUGAAAAAUUAACUGGAGUCAACAUUGAGACUAAAGAACUUCUUGGGAUAUAUUUGAAGGAAACUGACGGAUGCCUGUGGACUAAUAAUCAUAUUCUUUUUAGGUUUUAAAGUGCACUAUGUUGGCAGCAUAAUAUUUCUCAGUCCUGUUGAUCAUUCAAGGUUCUCAGCAAAUCCAAGGGAAAACAAUAAAAAAAUGUACAGAAAUUG